UUGGCGGUAGCGGUUUUCCAGCCCUGAGAAAUCACGUGCGGGAUAAAACCCACCAAGGAAAGUUCGCACUGUACGCGGUUUUUCCGCGAACUCUCGUAAAAGCGAUUUUGGCAGCACCCCUGAGUUGUCACACGCCAGAUCAUAAGCGGAACUUUCUCCCUGAAAAGGCGCAGAACUUCGCUCGUUCGAAACCCCUAAUUACUUUUCGAACUUCGUCUGUGCGUCCUUAUCUGCCGGAUUUUUUUCAAUUCCCGACGCCGAAUUGAAUCUGAGAAUUUUCCCGAGUGUCGAUAAAUCCCAGCGAUUCUUUGCGGAAGUUCCAGUUAUAAUUGAAAAAUUGAGGUAGACUGAAUUUUGUGCGACGCUGCUGAAGUUGUGAUUCACUUUUCUCCUUUUCCACCGAUUGAAUCUUGGUUGACGCCCCUACAAAAUGGUGGUCCGGACCAAAUGUCUCCGAGAAAUGAUGUAACUUCGAUGUGAUGUGAUCCUCCAGUUCGCCAAACGAUGAAAAGCAUGCUAGUGUUCUUGGUCGUGGCUGUUAUAGCCUUCUGCGGAGGCUUAUCUGCACCAGCUUGUGUUUGCGAUAAGAGAGAGUGUGAAACCAUCAAUGAGGUUGACUGUCCUGGACUUGGGAUCGUGGUCUGGGAUCCUUGCAGAUGCUGUCAAGAAUGCGCUAGGACAGAGGGCGAACCCUGCGGUGGCGAUUUAGGAUUCAGCGGAACAUGUGAACCAGGCCUGAGUUGUCAGCAACCAGGUCCCUCCCCCAGCGAAGGAACCUGCAGACCUAUUUUUUAUCACAUCGAGGGAAAUGCGACGUGAAAAUUUUCUACUGAAGAGAAGAAUGAUUUUUUUCUGGUGUGUCCUGAGCAAUGGAGACCGUUUCUGGAUCUUGUAUUUUUUGGAGGAAACGGUGUCAUUCUACGGCUUGGUUCCAUUAUGUACAGUGUAAAAAAGAGUGUAAAUUGAAUUUUGCAUAUCAAAUCUUAUUUGUAUGCCAAUAAUUGUGAUCGCUAUGAUUCAGUGUAAAUGUAUAAAUUUGUGACAAUACCUCUAGGAUAAGGAUGUAGAAAAAAGAGAAGAAAAUAUAUAUAACGAUAAAAUAAGGUGUGCUGUGCUUACCGUGUGUAUCAAAUAAAUAUGUUCAAUAA